GGCCAGAAAAGUUUCAAAGGGCUUCAAGAGGCCGUUGAUAGCAUUCUAGCUGAUAGUGAAGAUGAAGAUAUUGAUAUGGUAAUCAUACCACCUAAUCCAAGUGAACUAACUGACGAAGAGGAAGGUGUUGAGGAUGAUAUGAUUUCGUCAGCCCUACCUCAAGAUAUUCCUGGAACAAUUGAUGUUUUUGUAAACCGCAGAAAUAUCGACAACGAUGUCAGUGACGAUAGUGAUGAUGAACCAUUAGAGUCAAAGCGUACUCGGCUAACUUUUGCAACCCAAAAAAACCCCAUCUGGGACAAAUGUCAUCCACCACAGAGCCCAGCUUCUCAACAGAACACUGAAGUUUAUGACAGAGUGAAUCAAAUUCGUGAGGAACUAAAAAAUCGUAUCCCUGUGCAAAUAUUUGAAACGUUAUUUGAUGAGAAAAUCAUAGACUUGAUUAUAUCAAAUUCAACAAAUUACGCAAAACAGAAUAACAGGCACGAAUUUCAUUUGAAUGACUCUGAUUUAAAAAAGUUUUUAGGAGUUUUGAUAUUAUCGGGUUAUAAUAAAUUACCACGAGAACCGAUGUACUGGUCCUUGGAUGAAGACAUAGGAAAGGAGAUAGUGGCCAAAGCACUUUCCAGACAUCGAUUUCGAGACAUAAAGAGAAACAUUCAUUUGGUUGAUGAUAAUCUAGCAUCCACGACUACUGAUAAAAUGUUCAAGUUUUGCUCGAAUACACGUAAAAAUACAACUAUACUCAGUUGA